AUGCUCUGCUUCUCAAAAUGCUGCCUUUUGCGAUAACGUUGCAGUGAGAUUUCAGAAGUUUCACUCAUGAAAUCUUUGACAGGAUGAAACCAUAACCAUCUUUUGUUCAUUAUGUCUUUCUUUCUCUAUUUGUCUUUCUUUUUCUCAUUUUUAUUUUGUUUUGAAAAAUAGGGAAUGAAGAACCAUGAUAGCUCGAGUAUUCUUCUGUUAUGAUGAAUGAAUAACCAUUUAUUAUAAAAGGAACCUUUAUAUAUGUAGCUCACAUUUAAGCCGAGGUCUUAGAUUUGACUCUUACCCAAGACAUCUAUGUAUUGUACUUUGCCUUAUCCAUGUUAUGAAACUGUUGUUAUUAUUAUGCUAUAGUAUUCACCUUUUAAUGGAUACCUUUCUGUUUUAGUGUAAUGGAAAAGGGAUCUCCAUUGACAUUUUCUCUCUCUGUUGUAGGUUAGGGUGUUAUGCGAGAAGGCUAAGGGGAUUUUAAUGGAAGAAAGAAAUGUGACCAUCUUUUGUCUUGACUCUUCCCGAUAGGAAUAAACAAACUUGUCCAAUAUGCCAUAUAAUGUGGAAGUAGGUUUUUCACAGUCUGCCAUCCUCAGUGAAGCUACCAUCAACCUGCUGAUUAUACUGAUGCACUGAAGCCUUCUGCCAUUGCACUACCUCUACAUGGAUCAGCGAUUCUGUUCUUGGGUUUUGUAACACACCGGUUGAUUGAUAGUUAAACUGUGCAUUUGAUAGCAACAAUGCCAUCUGCAAUGCAUGGAGUUAUGAUAAGCAUCUCAUUCGAGCUGUUAUUUGCUAUGCCUUGUAUCCUGGAAUUUGCUCUGUUAUGUGAAAAGUCAUUCUCAUUGAAAACAAUGGAGGAUGGUCAGGUGCUCUUGUACUUUGAUGGCCACUUAAAAAUGUUAGGAGGAUACUUGAAGUUCUUCAUGAAACCUGCCCUCACAGAAAUGUACCAAAGCUUAAGGAGAGAGCUUGACAAUCUAAUUCAGAACAAUGAAAUAAUGCAAUUCAGAAAUAACUUUUGGAAAGUCUUAGACGCGGGGCUGCGGAAUAGACACACACAUCACUUUUAUUGAUAUUUUUUUAUAUGUAAAUAUCAGUCUUUUUAGUCAAUACAUUUUGUAAUAAAAAUAGAAGCUCCAAUAAUCAUUUUGAUACCCUGAUUUAAAUUUUUCUUCCGCUCGCGUUUAUUAAUUUGUUUAUGAAUU